CUGGCGAGGUAAAGAGCUGGUCUGUUUGGCUGGACCUUCCCAUCUGGGAUCCAUCUGUGUUUCCCUGGGAUCGGACAGGCGGCUCUAGUCAGUGAGAAAUCGCAGAUGUGAGAGAGCUGACACAUGUCCAGCUAAUGAAAGAAGGAAGGCUGGUCUGAGGCUGUGCUCGAAGAUUAAGAGCAAAAAAAGAAGAGCAUUUUAUUUAUAUGUCGAAGAAAUUAGGUGAAUUCUACAGUAGCUGGAUUGUUGUAACCUGGGUAUUUCGGUUGCUAGUGAGAAGAGGGUGCCAGUGAUGCCUGGAUCGCCUGUGGAAGUGAAGAUACAGUCAAGAUCUUCUCCUCCAAGCAUGCCACCACUGCCACCUGUGAACCCAGGCGGACCCCGGCCACUGUCGUUCACUCCUACGGCAUUGCCCAAUGGGAUUAACCAUUCUCCCCCCACACUGAAUGGGGCACCCUCUCCACCCCAGAGAUUCAGCAAUGGUCCUGCCUCAUCAUCUUCGUCCUCACUGACCAAUCAGCAACUCCCAGCAACCUGUGGGGCCCGGCAGCUCAGCAAACUCAAGCGCUUCCUUACCACCCUUCAGCAGUUUGGCAAUGACAUUUCACCAGAGAUUGGGGAGAAGGUCCGGACCCUCGUCCUAGCACUAGUGAAUUCUACAGUGACAAUUGAGGAAUUUCACUGCAAGCUCCAAGAGGCCACCAACUUCCCUCUUCGCCCUUUUGUGAUUCCAUUUCUGAAGGCCAACCUUCCCUUGCUGCAGAGGGAGCUGCUGCACUGCGCCCGGGCUGCCAAGCAAACACCUUCCCAGUACUUGGCCCAGCAUGAGCACAUCCUACUGAACACAAACACCACGUCCCCAGCCGACUCCUCUGAGCUGCUGCUGGAGGUGAAUGGAAAUGGGAAGAGACAUAGUCCAGACAGAAGAGAAGAAAAUAGUUUUGAGAGAGACCCGCUCCCGUCGGAGCCGCCGGCUAAGAGAGUGUGCACCAUUAGUCCAGCUCCGCGGCACAGCCCUGCCCUGGCUCUACCCCUCAUGAAUCCUGCUGGACAGUUCCAUCCAACCCCACCUCCACUCCAGCACUACACCUUGGAAGACAUCGCAACUUCCCACUUGUACAGAGACCCCAGCAAGCUCUUGGAACAGAGGGAUAUGCGCGACAGACAUAGCAAUCUCGGUUUAAAUGGAGGCUAUCAGGAUGAGCUCGUGGACCAUCGCCUAACAGAGAGAGAGUGGGCUGAUGAGUGGAAGCAUCUCGAUCACGCUUUGAAUUGCAUCAUGGAAAUGGUGGAGAAGACUAGGCGCUCCAUGGCUGUUCUGCGGCGCUGUCAGGAGGCUGACCGGGAGGAGCUCAACUACUGGAAGAGGCGGUGCAGCGAGAGUGCAGAGACAAGGAAGGGAGGGAGUGAAUUCAUCUCGAGGCAGCACAGUCCCGGGAGCUCUGACUCCAUCAGCAGUGAUUCCCAGCGGGACUUUAGCAGCAGGUCAGGGACGGGCUAUGUUACUGAAGAGAUAUGGAAAAAAGCUGAAGAAGCUGUGAAUGAGGUGAAGCGCCAGGCCAUGUCUGAGGUGCAGAAAGCUGUGGCUGAGGCAGAGCAGAAGGCAUUUGAAAUGAUUGCAUCCGAGAGGGCCCGCAUGGAACAAACCAUUGCAGACGCAAAGCGCCAAGCUACUGAGGAUGCCUUCCUCAUAAUCAAUGAGCAGGAAGAGUCUACAGAGAGUUGUUGGAAUUGCGGUCGCAAAGCCAGUGAGACGUGCAGCGGAUGCAACAUUGCCCGGUACUGUGGCUCUUUCUGCCAGCACAAAGACUGGGAGCGACAUCAUCGGAUCUGCGGACAAGGAUUACACAACCAGGCCAAGCCGCUUUCCCUGCCAGCAGGGCGAUUGGCAGCAGCCACCGCCAAGUCAGCCGAUGGGGUUCCAAGCCCCGCCCUAGAGAAGACCUCUGCAACAACCUCUCGAUCCUCUACCCCAGCUUCCGUGACAGCAAUAGACACUAAUGGACUCUAAAUCUUUCCAUUCAGUUCAAUAUGUUUUACACAUUUUCCUGUUUUUAAUCCUAAAAAACACAUACGCUCCACAGAAGGUUGUCAAAACUCCACUGGCUACUCUAGAGCCCUGACGCUCCAGCUAAUCUUUGUGAGGCUUUUUCCAUUUCAUUAUAAUCCAUCAGCAGUUAAGAACCACAUGCCAGCCUUGCCAAUGGGACCUCAACGCUGUUCGCUUUUAAGUCUUGGCACCAGAGAGCACGUCACCUGGACCUUCAGGACUAUGGCCUCUUCCGCUUUGUUUUAAUUGAACUUCUUUGGGAAGGAGCUCCCGUGUCCUGCCUUGACGUGUAAGAGAAUCCAGGCAAGCAGCACGCGGUAUCCAAGGAUGAAGUGUGGUGUUCUCCUUUCUGCUGGAUGGCCAGGCUGCCCGAACAGCCUCCCCAUACAACUCGUUGCUUCUCCUCUUUCAUCAGAUACAUAUUUUUCUUCUUCCCAGAUGGCUCUGUACUUCUUAACUCUCUGCAAUGAACUGUCCACCUGAACUGAUUUUCCUCAGUGGGAGAACUUCUCAUUCUCCAGGGUAAUGAGAAAUAAGCAGUUUCUUGGUUACAGAUGUCUGCUCUUCCCCAGGUCUCAGCUGGGUAGUGACUCACGAGGAUUACAGGGGUUGGGCAUUCCCUGGAGGAGAGGAGAAUUGUGUUCUGUUGAGGAGGGAAGCUAAACAAAUCUCCGUGCUGAGAGGGAACAGUUGAUCUUUUUUAUAAGGCCCAUUUUUAAUCCUCUUCUCUAACUGGACAAUCCAUUGUUUAUCAAUCAGCUUGGUUAGGAGCCUCCACUCUCCUUGUGUGCUGAAUAUUUCAGACCAAAUCUCGACCUGUCAUCAUGGCCCGUUGCCCCAGAGGCUGGGUUGGGUUACUUUGCUGUGCAGGAAAGAUUUUUCCAUUGCAUGGAAACUGUUAGUUUUAGAUUUGUUGACUUUGUUUUUAAUCUCCUCCACACGAUUGCAAUGGAUCAUUUACAGCCUGUUCUUUCCAAGCAUGUUGGUGCAAUGAUUUUAAAAAAAAAGUUUCACAAUUUUGCAACUGUCAAUUUUUUAUAACGUCCAAGCCUAAAUGGGAUUACCAGAGCUCUGUUGUGUGCUGAACUCUUGGUCCCAGACCUAUGUUCCAUGCAGAGAAGGGCAACCCUAUCCAAGCACCUGGUUGCGCUGCUCUAGUUGACAAAAUUCACUAGCAGUGCAUUUAUAAACCAAUGUAUAUCACCGUGUCCAUCAUUUAAAGCCUGGUCUAGAGAUGGCUGCUCAGAAGGGUGCAAUCUGGUUGGGUUGUGGCAUGCUGAACUGGCUGUUAAUAGGCUGGUUGGGCCUGAAGGCAAUGUUUUAAUCUGGUCCGGGGGGGGAGAUGCAGAGUUUGCCUAGAAGAACUUAUUUUAUGAGUCCCUCAAAAAUUUGUUACAUGUGCAGCUAAUGCAACAGGAAUCGGCGCAUGUUCGCUUUGGGAGUCCCACUAACUUCUCAUGCUGCACAUGAAUAAGGGCUAGAGUAUUAACCCUUCAUUGAGGUUUUGUUUCCGAGACUCUGUUGUCCUUCU